CUUCUACAAAGUCUUUCCCACAAUUCUUUUCAUCUCAUUUUCAUGCUUUCAUGUUUCAUCGGUAUCAAUCAUAUCGUAUGCUUUCCACCAGAAUUCAGACUUUACCAAUCGUGUCAGGUUCUCAAGAUUUGGUCAUCUGACCAUAGAGAGAAAAACAACUCGCGGUCACUUCCAUCUCUUCGUUUGCUAUGAGCAGAAUUGCGCCGCGCGGCUGGUCUGUGCAACUUUCAUUCUCGUUGCCACGGUCACUUACCUUUCCGAUUCUGAUUUCGAAUUAUUCCUCUUGUUGAUAUUCGAGUUUGUUUGUCUCGCAACCACCAUUGACCGCAUGCAAUCUACUUCGGUGGUUUCCCAUUACACUUGCUUGUUCACCGUCCAUAGCCAAACGCCGCCAUGUGUAUCAUGUUCUUCAUAUCCCACUACGACGGCCCACGAGAGCACUUCCUUUGCCAGUACCACUGCGCACAUACCGACUGUCCCGGAACCUUUGGGGCACAUCAAAAGUAUCUACUUGAAGAGAGCCGCUUGGACUGCUCAGAGUGUUUGGCCAAAGAUGGCAAUCAGGUGGAUCCAGAUAUAGUUCCGGUACAGUACUAUCCUUCCACUCCCCAUUUUGAGAUUGAGUACGUGGAGGGGAAGGGUUGGGUCAAAGUCUGUGAGCAAGAUGGCGUGGAGGGUGCAGGGGGGACUAAAGUGCAGGAGGGUGAGGAGGAUGAUGAUCAAGAUGACGGCCGCUACGCCCACAGCUUCGCAAGUCUCUCGGACUGCGACAGCGUCACUUCGCACUGGCGUCUGGAUCCAACCUUCGCAUCGCCUACUCGCCCAACCGCUGCAGCCACCAAGGGCAAGUCGCCCGCUCCGCCCUACCAGGGGCUGUCAACAAUGGAAGAGGCGUAUGAGACGCGCUCUCCACAUGAGCCGCCACACGAAAUGACCAAGGUAUGUGAGGUUUCUUAUGAGAGCGUAUCCCCUGGAGAAGAGCCAAGCCAAACGAUCCUCCAAGAAUCGCCAUUUGGCGACUCUCCCAACACUAUCGAGCACCGAAAUCUUGUCAAUCGACAGCUCGCGACACUCGAGCACCGGAUGGCCCACCGUCAGCCUCAGCGCGAUCUCAGCCAGCCCACGUUCAACGUCCCGCGCCCACAGUACCCGAAUCACUUUCGUCAAGCUGUCAGGCAUGGACUUGUUGUCAGCAACCCGCCGGGUCAUGCUGCUCCGCCUCCCGUUACUCCACGACCACCUCCAGGAGUACUACCAGGAAGACCAGAUUACGAGAAUGGAUUACAUUACAUGGUUUCCACAUCAAUCACGAAUGGGGUACCGGAUUCUCGAUGGGGCCCAGUUCCGGGACCCGGCGAGAUGAUGGAUUUCUCUCUUUUCUAGGGAAAGCCUACUCAGGCUGUUCGUAAGCGUCACAAGCCGCGUAAUAAAGAGGAACGGAUGAGACGAAGAAACGAG